CCAGUUGCAGAGGGAGUUGUUCUGUCCCAUGGUCCUAAGCUUGGAGGGGACAAUAGUGUUGAACGCUGAGCUGUAGUCAAUGAAUGACAUUUUCAAGCAAUGCUUAUUACAAGGUUAUUACUUAAACUACGCUAUCCUAUAUUAACUAAUGAUGAACAGUCUAUAACUACUUAUAAACCCUUUCCAAGCUCUUAUUUGUAGUCAGCUGGCUAUUAUUUCCUUGGGCCUACAUAUGGGUUGAAUGUCAUGAAUGAGUUUCUGCAUGAUGCACUGCUUCUGUUGAUCGCCCUGUAGCCUACUUUGAUAGGAUGGUGGGUUCAAUAUUUUGUGGGUUGGUUGGAUGAUGCUCUGGAUGAGUGAGACAGGGGCGGAGCACAGCGGCUGUUGGGAUACGCUGCAGUGGAGCCAAAAAUCUGGGGAACCAGGCGGUCAAACCUAAGGUUGAUUGCGACACUGGCGUAAGGUUUCCGCCUCCUCUCCUUUCGGCACUGAUUGAAAUUCAUGCAGAUCAAAGAUCGCUUUCGUUUACUGUUAUGGUAACUCGCAGCUGCGGCAGUUGAGUUGGCGUGCUGUGGGGAAGGAAGGAACCCGGCGGGAACAUAUAAUGGCCUCCGAGCCGGCGGAGUAAUGGGAUCGGUCGCCUACCGCAGCCAUGGCCAGAUCAACAAACAGAAGCGCCAAGGAUGGAGAUUCAAGGGUGUCUGCUUCCACGGACCGGGCAGAGGCGCGGGACCUGAGCGACCCCAGAGAAGUGUCUCUUGAAGAAGUGCUGAAAUCUUACGAGCAGCCCAUAAACGAGGAGCAGGCUUGGGCGAUGUGUUAUCAAUGCUGCAGCUGGUUGAGAGUGCCGCGCCCGGCCACUGUGACUGGUGGAGUUUACAGGGUGAAGGACCCGUCCUCUAUACUCCUACUCAGGGAUGGGACGGUUUCCCCAAAGCAAGAACCAGAUGACACAGAUGGACCUCCCCUUCCACCAAUCACAGAGCGCCAGCUGGUUCAGUCUCUGGGCGUGGCCAUCUACCAGGCCCUAGACUGGGGACUGGAUGACAGUGAGGAGCGGGAGCUGAGUCCUCAGCUGGAGCGGCUCAUUGAGCGCAUGGCAGGAGGAGAUCAUAGCCUGCAGGCUGACUCCGGCAGUGGCAAUGGAACAACAGAUGAGGGCUACAGUGGACAGGAGGAAGAGGAAGAGGAGGGAGAAAAGGGGGCUAUAAGACCAGUGUGUACAUUCAGCCAGGUGAUGACGCUGUGCACCUCCAGAUUGGCAAACCCUGUUCUUGCUCCGGAGCACUACCAGGCUGUGUGCAGAGCCUUGUUCGUUGAGACUCUUGAGCUGCAAACCUUUCUGAUCAAAAUCCGAAAUGCCAAGGAGAUGUUGAAGAAGAUCAAUGGAGAGGAUCCUCAGGAAGAUCAAGCUGAGAUCGAUGCACUGAAACACACAGACUGGACUCGUCUCUGGGUCCAGUUGAUGAAGGAGCUGAGACAGGGGGUGAAACUGAAGAAGGUGCAGGAGCAUGAGUUUGACACACUGCCCACUGAGUUCAGCCUCACUCCCUUUGAGAUGCUCAUGCAGGACAUCCGCAGCCGCAAGUUCCAGCUGCGGAAAGUCAUGGAGGAUGGUGACAUCCCCACACGAGUGAAAAGAAAUGCCCAUGAGUUUAUUUUGGACUUCAUCAGGUCUCGCCCUCCACUGAAACCAGCGUCAGAGCGCAACCUGCCCCCUCCUCCUCAGGAGCAGCAGUCCCUUCACGAACGCGUCCUUGCUGAAAUCAAACAGGAGCGCAAACUGAAGCCUGUGGACUCACCCGGCUCCAAGAGAUCGUUUGGCUCCUUGCCCUGUCUGGCACCCGCCUUCCUGUGUGAUUUCAAAUCUACUUCCUGCAUUGACCUGUCAGUCUCAGAGCUUAGGUCCCACCCCCCAUCUCAUCCUCGUGUUCUGCUCAAAGCUCCUACUCUUCAGGAGAUGGAGGAGAUGAGUAUUUUGGAGGAUGAGGAGUCUCCAGGAGAGCUCUGCCGGGCUGAGAGUUUUCCCACAUCCAUGAAACGGGACCGCUCCUUCUCUGAACAUGACCUGGCUGAGCUCAGGGGGGAGAUUCUCCCCUCACUGUCCGAAUCCGCCCAUCUGGGAAGGGCUGUGUUGUGGAGGGGGGAGAGACCACGGUCACACACGCUCUCAGGGGCUGGGCCACACCCCACGCACAGAGGCUGGGUGCCCCUCUCCCCUGCCCGUAUCUCUCUCAGCUCAGUGGAUGAGACCACAGAAGGGGCAGAGACUGGCUCCAGCUCUCGGGGUGGCUAUAAACCCAAGUGGAUGGAGGAAUUCAGUCACCCAGUGGAGAGUCUUGCCUUAACAGUCGAUGAGGUCAUCAAUGUGCGUCGUGUGCUGGUGAAAGCAGAGAUGGAGAAGUACCUCCAGAACAAGGAACUGUAUUACAAUCUGAGGAGAGGCAAGGUGUGCUGUUGCUGCAGAAUUAAAUUCCCCCUCUUUUCCUGGCCAUCCACCUGCCUGCUCUGUAAAAGGUCUGUCUGUGGAUCCUGCAGUGCAAAGAUGAAGAUUCCUUCCAAGAAGAUGGCCCACAUCCCAGUCUACACUGUGGGCUUUCACAGCAGCCCAAAGAGCCAUGGUCGCAAGAGUGAGGUUUACAAAUCUUUGCGCACUCUCUCCCGCCGGUCUGUGGAGGAGGAGUUCCCCCACCUGUACGCCCAUGGCUGCAGCCUGCGGGAUGUCUGUGUGGACUGCACCAAGUUUGUGGCUGAUGUCAUCUCGUCCAGUCGCAAGAGCCUGGACAUCCUCAACAACACUCCCAAGAGGGAGAGUGCUACGCCCAAGACACACCCCCAACCUCAUGCGUCACCACAUCCGCCCACCUUGAAGAGGAAGAACAAGUGAAUAGAUCGACUGUUGGUUUUUCCUGCGCCUCCUUAACAGGGUUGAACCUGUGCUGCACGACUAGCCUACUCAAAUACCCCACCAUUCCCCCUAACCUGCAAGUAUCCCCUCCUCAUGCUGAAGUGCUUGUUAAGGGUUGUUCCUCCCCCACUCCACUGUGGAGGUUCAUAGGAGGAUAUGGACUAGGAACAACAAUAAGUCUGCCCCAUCGCAGCAGUGAUUACUUCACUCACUGGUCUGAUGCACAGCUGAAACUGAGAGAGAGGACGUAAGGGAGAAGUGGAGGGCAAGCAAAGGAGGCAAAACAGAGGGAGGAGGAAAUAGGUGAGAGAGGAGGAAAUAGGUGAGAGAGGAAGAGGUGAUUGGAAAAAGUAGAUAUAUCUACUGUAGGAGCCAAGAGUUUGGUUUAGGCUAAACAUUUAGCUCCCUAGUUGCCUUGUUGUAGUUGUGAAACACCAAAAUAACACAUUUGAACUGUAAACACACCUUGCCAUGACACACCUUAGAACACUGGAUUUUUUUUUCUGGAAUUUUAAAAUAACACUAUGGCAAGCUCAAUAGAAGAGAUAUUUCACUAUGACAAUAGUUGUUGGAAUGUGCUAGGAUUGUCUGUGGUCCAACUUAAUGAUGCAUGGUGACAUUGUCGGUACGACUGUUUGAAUGUAACCGGGUCUGAGAGGACUAGUAAAGGUCAGUUCUGGGUAAAAGAAAUCCUGAGAGAGACCAUUCCUGUUGGCACCACACGGGACUGGACCCCAGCCGUCUAUCUCUGCUGCUUCAGAAUGACAUUUAAGCCCCCUCUCUCACCCUGUGAGAUCUGCUCUAAUUUUCUAAACACUAAGUAAACCUUAACUGCAAUAAAUCUAAUGUAACCAUGAAGUA